AUGCCCGCCAUCCCCUCCCUGCCUCCCACCUCGCUGUGGCUCUCCGCUCCUUUGCCCUCCAUCCCACGCCUUUUCGCGCCCCCGAGCUCUUGGCCGCCGGCACUUCUCUUCUACAUUCGCAAGCCGCGCCUUGCCCACCCACAAAGCCUCGGCAGCUCUCCCCACCCCCUGCAAGCAGCUAUCUUCCUAAGGUCUGGUCAGGAGAGCGGUUACGAAACAGACUCUAGCGCCGGCUCCACGUCCGACUCGGAGUCUGAGGAAGAAUAUGGGCAAAACCCCCCCCGUCCUGCAGCCCCACGGAUGACACAGACGGUGCGAUCUCGCCAGCAUUCGCAUUCAGACUCCAACAAUGAUUCCGGUUAUUGUUCUCUUAACGAAGAUGCAGACGACAAGGCUCAGUAUUACGACGACUUGUUGGAAAGGUUCCGAGCAGAUGGCCCUACCCUUGCCAAUCAUGGAGAAAACACGCAGACUAUGGAAGAGGAGCAAGAGAAAAUAUGGAACAAGUUUUGCAAACGGCGGAAACUCGACCCCGUUGAAGCACUCGGCCAAUGUGACGCCCCUCUCUUCAAGGCCUAUUUAGUAUGGAGAGUAGAGAACUCAAGGAUCAAGAAGGAAUCGUCGAUAAUGACGUACUGGAAAAUUCUCAGUAUGGUCUAUUCGCAGAAAACAGCAAGUUGGAUGAAGGAGGAUGUGCUGUACGACAUCCGCAAUUGGAUCCAUACUUGGCUCACUCCAACCUACGGCCUGGAUACGUCGAAGAAGGAGAAGGUUGGUCUCUUUGUCGAGGACUUGGCCGUGCUUCUGAACCAUCACUGGAUACGUGAUGAAGAGGUGUUCGCCCAUGAACGCUUGCGCGUGCAGUUAGCGGCCAAUCUCAUUUUUGCGGGCGCUACCGCCACACGGCUAGGCGCCCUCAUCGGCCAACUCCUCUACGAACAUCUCGAAUUUCAGUUGUUUCCGCCGCUGCCGGGAGAUCAGCGGCCACGUGUCGUGCUGAAGGUCAACCUGGAGAACAUUAAACGGUCAGGCGGCGAAUCGGAGCCAAAGGAAUUCGCCUUCCGCGAAGACGACAUGUUGAUAUACGACCCGCUUAUCCCUAUUAUGGGACUGGCAUUUGCCGACGGGGCAUUCGUCAACGAGUUCAAAGACCCUGAAGAAAUCUACGAACUGGUAGUUCCACCGAACUCUGACCGUCUUCGAUUACGCUGGAAGGAGGAGUGGCGAAGACGACCUGUCUUCCGCGACGUUGAGGAUUCGGAAGAGGGCAUACGAAUAGCUGUCAACAAGGCGCUCAAGUAUCAAAAGGAACGCGGCCACUUAGUACGCCUUGGUCGAGCUAUUGGGCUGGAAAAAGUCCUUGAGUGGUACGACCUUCGACGCGGUUCAGGCAAGAAGCUGAACGAAGCCCUCACUCCCGAGGAAAGGAAUAAGAUCAUGGGCCAUCGGCAGGGAGAUUCGAGGGUAUACGUGCAGUACUACAUGUCGACUUUUAAUGACGUGGAUUGCCAGAAAAUCUGCUUCGGCAGUGCUCCGCAGCACGACCUAAUCCACCUCGCCGGGCGGCUAGUCCGGCACGGCGACGCCCCAACAGCUCUCACGGACCAGCAGAAGUUUGAAGUCAAUCAAGACCCGGAUCUAGUUAAAUACCAUCGAUACGACCAGUACAAGCAGAAGGCUGACCGGCUGAGCAAGAAGCUAAAAACCGAACGGCUCCGGCGUGCCAUCAAGGAUUUCCAUGAUUCGGUACACGUGGAAGAGAUUAACAGGCAGCUCAACGGCAUCAAGCCGUCCGAUGUGAUCGCGCCGCCGACCAUCCAAUAUGACGUGCCCGAGAGAGCGCGGGUGGCACGUCUAUUCUCUCAAGCCGCUGAGGUGAGAAACAGGGAUGAGCUCCACCCACUACGAUUGGACCUCGUGCGGACGAUUGCUCGGCUCUGCAAGCGGAGAGAGAGCCCAUGCCGUCGUCAAGCGAAGCGCGGCCGCAAGACAGUCGGUCUCAAGACACGUGCGGUUCGUUUCCGGUGCGGUUCGCCAAGUCUCAGGAGGCCGGACUUGAGGGAUAAUAUCCCUACGCAGCCGGCUACUCAAGUGGUGCUGGAAGCGGAGAAGAAUGUGUUGCCAUUCUGCCCGUUCUACGCAGGCCAUUUUGCAGACCACGCGAGGCACCGGCACCGCUUACGUCUACCUACGACUUCAUACCAACAGCGAGAACCCUCCCGCCGUCAAAAACCAAAGGGAGCCCACACAACAACGUCCAGCAAGACGCUCACCGAUCCCAAGGCCGCCAAGGUGGGCCGCCACUCCCGCACCACCACAUGUCCCAAGUCUAAGGUUGCCACCGCACUGGCGCCAAUAGUUCCUAGCAAGUCCGAGAGCACGUCCUUGUCGACUCCCCCGAGCUCCCACGCCCCUGCUCCGGCACCAGUACCGACAAUCCUCAACCGCUCUGAGGUUUCUACACCACCGCCAGUUCCUAAGGAAACCGCCGCUCUGACAGGCACAUUGCUGAUCUGUCCGUUCUGCCACCGUGACGCCGACGCCGACAACCCGACAACCACAAGUAUGACGAAAGUCUCGACGACCUGCCGAUACGAUGUCCAUACGGGUACCAGACUUGUCAGGGGAUUCUCGGGAGCUUUGAGCAUUUGGUCAGCCACGUUCGGCGACAGCAUUCGACUAUAG